AUGGCGGACGGCCGUGCUCCGGACCUCUCUCAACAACGGAAACAUACACCUGCAAAACACAUCGAUGUCCAGGUGAGUACGCUAUUUGAUAACCUAGGCCCUCUCGCCAUAGAAACAUACACCUGCAAUACGCAUCGAUGUCCAGAAACAUACACCUGCAAUACACAUCGAUGUCCAGUAAAUGGCGGAUGGUCUCCGUGGGUAGUGAGGUCAAUCGGCACAUGCACUCGGUCGUGCGGUGGAGGUACUCGGUUUGUGACCUCGAGACGGAGAUGUAACAAGCCGAAACCAAGGUUCAACGGUACAGAUUGUGCUGGAGAUAUUAAAGAAAUUGCCGAAGAGGCCUGCAAUUCCCAGGCCUGUACACCUAAUACUGAUGGUUCAUGGACAGACUGGGCAGUGGUGGAGGAGGGAGACUGUUCAGUCACGUGCGGGGGCGGGUCACAGGUCAACAAGAAAGAACGCUACUGUGACAGUCCAGUACCAACGGGCACUGGCCAGAAGUGUUUGCAAAGUGAUGGUCAGCGUACAUUAUUGGAGACAGGGCAGGAUACUGUGACCUGCAUGACGGAUCCAUGUCCAGUUGACGGAGGAUGGAGCGCAUGGACAGAUGUGGACAUUGACGGAUGUUCCGUCACCUGUGGGGGAGGGUCUAAAAAUCGGACUCGCCAGCGAGAAUGUACAAACCCAGCGCCCUCUGAUGGUGGGGAGUUCUGUCAAGGGGACGCAACUCUAAUAGAUGAACUGAACUGCAACACAGACGACUGUCCAGUGGACGGUGGGUGGACAAACUGGACAGUUACAUCGGUCAGUAGAUGUUCAAAGUCUUGUGGGGAAGGUCAAAGGAAAGUCGUGUCCGAAAGGUCAUGCAGUGAUCCGGAACCCGCUUUCGGCGGUGAAUCUUGCGAAGGCGACCAGUCUGAGACUGUCAGAGAGGCAUGCAACACCCACGAAUGUUCACCUGAUCCCGUUAAUGGCGCCUGGAGUCGUUGGGUGUGGCGAACAAGCACCUGCUCCAAAACAUGUGGUUAUGGGACAAUCACGCGGACAAGGGAGAGAACUUGUGACAAUCCAGAACCGGCCAACGGUGGAGCCACUUGUCCAGGAAGUGCCACUUCAGACUACACGUACAACUGCAAUAGCUUCACCUGCCCAGUGGACGGAGGCUGGAGCCAGUGGUAUGUCAGGUGGACCGGUCGAUGUUCUGCCACGUGUGGGGGAGGGACGAAGCGCCAGAACAGCUACCGCUGGUGCAACAACCCACGACGGUCCUACGGUGGCGCUUACUGUUCGGGUUCCCAAUACAAGACGGAGGAAGUACCGUGCAAUCAGCAGGGCUGUCCAGUAAACGGAGUUUGGGCCGCCUGGGUCGAGACGUCGCACGGAUCAUGCAGCAUCAGCUGCGGUGGAGGUGACCGCGAGGAGAUUUUAGAACGAGGCUGCACAGAUCCCGCCCCUGUCUAUGGAGGUUCCAACUGCGUGGGGUCAACGGUCAAAUACGAAACUAAAACGUGCAAUACACAUGAUUGUUCAGCUCAAAUUAACGGUGGGUGGGCACCAUGGGAACAGGCGGACGUUAUACCGUCAUGUUCGGUGACCUGUGGGUCCGGGACACGGAACAGAGCUCGGAAGAGAACGUGUUCGAACCCAGCGCCUGCUAAUGGCGGGAACACUUGCCCAGGCUCGGACACAGACACCGACCCGGAAAACUGCAACGAUGGGGUGUGUCCAGUUGACGGAAACUGGAGCAACUGGGGUAACCCUAGCAACGACGACUGCUCUGUGACGUGUGGCGGAGGCACCAUGACGUCGACACGGACGAGAACGUGCAGCAACCCUGCCCCAGGCGUUGGUGGUGCUUUGUGCAGUGGUUCCCCAAGAGAUGUACAGGACUUGGCCUGUAAUAAUCAGAACUGCCCGGUUGACGGGCAAUGGGGAACGUGGACGGCGACGACCACCGACGCCUGCUCUGUUUCCUGUGGAGGUGGAACCCACAAGCAACACUACACCAGGUUAUGUAAUAAUCCCUCCCCCGUCGGUACUGGGGCGACCUGCCCCGGGGCCACUUCCAAAUCAGAAGACAUGGCCUGUAACCCUGACAACUGCCCAGUCGACGGAGACUGGUCCGAGUGGGCUGUGAACACACAAGGGGCCUGUACCGUCACCUGCGGAAUUACGGGACUACGCACAAAUACAUACAUAAGAUCCUGUACCAACCCAGCGCCUGCUUAUGGGGGAAGUGUUUGUUCUAACCUUGUUUACGGCACCGCCAAAUCCAGCAUGGAUUUCUGCAACCGCAUCUCAUGCACAAUGCCAGUAAACGGCAACUGGAGUCCUUGGGUGGUCGACUCCACGUCGCAGUGUACGGCGACAUGUGGGGGAAGGGAGGAGACCGUGACUUCGACGAGGUCGUGCACCGACCCCGCACCAGCAAACGGCGGCGAUACAUGUUCCGGGUCUCGAACCUCCACGGAGAAUAAUAGAUGUAACGAACAAGUCUGUCCUGUUGACGGUGGGUGGAGCAGCUGGCGAGAGAUCAGUAGGGGGAUCUGCUCCGUGACCUGUGGGGACGGGACACAGAGCAUUAACAGACAGAGGACUUGCAACAACCCUCUCCCGUCGAACGGCGGAGCGACAUGCUCAAGUGUGGGAAUCAACACCCAGACAGGUGCCUGUAACGAUGGGUCAUGCCCAGUGGACGGGGGGUGGUCUGCAUGGGUGGAGGACGAUCGCCAGGCCUGUACCAAGACGUGUGGAGGGGGGUCACAGACGGUCGAGUACACCCGCACGUGUACCAACCCCACCCCAAGACAUGGGGGUGCCCAGUGCAGCGGACAGAGCACCAAGCAGGAGACGACAGAUUGCAACACUGACGAAUGUCCACUCGAGUGUCCCGGCGGGUUCACGAAGGUGGAGGCCCAUAACAUGUGCUAUAAGUAUGAAUCUAAGGAGAGGAAAUGGGAGGACGCUCAGAAACAUUGUGAGGGCAAAGGUGCAGACCUAGUCAUAUACAAGACGGAUGCCAUGCACAAAUUCUUUGAGGAUGUCAUUCGAGAUGUAAUAGGCAACAAAAACGUCGAUGUUUACCUUGGAGGGCGUGACAAGGACAACAAUGACCGGUGGUUCUGGUUGGAUGGUGCACCUGUCCAAGGAUUUUCCAAAUCGGGCAGUCAAAACUGUCUGAAAUUUGAUGCCUGGAUUCUGGAUGACGAAAAUUGCGACGUCAAGCAUCCGUCUAUUUGUCAAACAUUUGGCUAGAGUAACACGGACUGCCCCAAAUCUCUUUCUUACUCCCGUAAACGUUUUUUAUGCAUAAAAUGAUGUUAUCAAGGCCACCAAACCUUUAUGCAACGCGAUAAUUGUUCUGACUGA